AACCAAAAUUAACCCAAGUUUUAUAUUACAUCCAUCCCUGAAGCUUGUACUUUACAGCAGAAUCCUCCCCCAGGACUGCCCUUUACCGGGUCCCCGACAGAAUAGGAAUCGCGAACGAACGGAAAUCAGAUUUCAGGCGGGUUGGUGGGAUCCAACUCUCAUCUGGACGGCGGACGAUGUAGGGACAUUCCCCGACACUCGACUACAGGGAAACCACAGCCCGAGAGCGAGGGGAAAGCACAGAAGGCAGAAAGACGGACGGCUCAUCCCUUACUGCCUCCGCGGGCUGACCGAGCCCGAGCCGGGCCCGGCCCCGCUCCCGCCCACAGGGCGGGCAGAGCUGCUCCGCCCCGCACCUGCGGAAGCGCCUCGGCCCGGCCACCCCUCAGCCGAGCCACGCCCCGGCCGCGCACGCGGAGCCUGAUCCACGGUGUGCACCUGCCCGCUCCACUCAGGGCUCGGCCCCCGGUGCGGGGAGCCCCGGGAAGGUGGGCGGAGGCGCAGACAGAGCUGCCGUACGCGGCCAGCAGCACCCACCUGCUGGGCAGGACUGACGGCGGGACCGGACGAAUACUCCAUGGGAGCUACCGGGGCAAGGGCUGCGGCCCCUUUAAAUGCGUGCGGUGACGUCACGUGGCCGCGCACUCCCCCGGGAGCACAAGAGUCACGCUCGCGGCCGCUGGGGGGAGGGGUGGGGUUUGGUGGCUCUCGCCAAUCAGCGGGUGCUCCGCGAGGCGGCCUCGUCCCCCGCUGCGUUGCGCGGCCUCGUCCCCGCUCGCGUGGCCCGUCGCGUUCCGAAGAUGCGAGAAGUGCCCGCGCUGCCCCGCGGCCCCGCUGUCCCCGUGCCCGUGCCCGUGCCCGGCUUCCUCGCCAAGCUCUGGGCCUUGCUGGAGGAUCCGGACAGCGACGACGUCAUCUGUUGGAGCAGGAAUGGUGAGAACUUUUGCAUUCUGGAUGAGCAGAGGUUUGCCAAGGAGCUGCUCCCCAAGUACUUCAAACACAACAAUAUCUCCAGCUUCAUACGGCAGCUCAACAUGUAUGGUUUCAGGAAGGUGAUUGCUCCGGAGAAUGGUAUCAUUACAGCAGAGAAAAGUUCAGUCAUUGAGUUCCAGCACCCUUUCUUCAAGCAAGGGAAGGCACAUUUACUGGAAAACAUCAAGCGCAAGGUGUCUGCAGUGAGAACUGAGGAUCUCAAGGUCUGCACAGAGGAUUUGCACAAAGUCCUGUCUGAGGUGCAGGAGAUGAGAGAGCAGCAGAACAACAUGGAUGUCAGGCUGGCUAACAUGAAGAGAGAAAAUAAGGCUCUGUGGAAAGAAGUGGCAGUUCUAAGGCAGAAGCACAGUCAACAACAGAAGCUGCUGUCUAAGAUUCUUCAAUUUAUACUAAGUCUGAUGCAAGGAAAUUAUAUUGUUGGGGUCAAAAGAAAAAGGUCUCUCACAGAUGCUGCGGGUGCUUCACCCUCCAAGUAUAGUCAUCAGUAUGUCCGCAUCCCUGUGGAGAGUGGCCAAACUAUGGCUUUUUCUGAACAUAGUGCAGAUGAAGAGGAUGGAAAUGGUACAGGUCUGAUAAUCCGAGAUAUCACUGACACCCUGGAAAAUGCCACCAAUGGCCUCCUUGCUGUGGCACACACGAGUGGCAGAGCUAGAGAGCCACAGGCAGCUCUGGAUCCUGGCUUACCUCUUUGUCAAGUAUCACAGCCAAGUGAGUUAAAUUGUGCAGAACCUGUCCCAUCAGUUCCUAUAAAUGAUGUCAGCAAAUCCGGCAAAAUAGGCACGGCUGCUGUGGAGCUCCACACUGCACAGCCAAAUGCUCCAGAGGACCCCGUGUCAGUAAUUGACUCCAUCUUAAACGAGAGCAGCUCUGGAAACCAAAAUGAUCCUUUGCUGGACAGAGAGGAAAUUCAGGAUUUUCUGAACUGCAUCGAUGUCAGCCUUGAAGAGCUCCAAGCAAUGCUGUCAGGGAAACAGUACAACUUCGGUGCCGAAGCAUUCAGCGACACAUUUAAUCCGGAGCUGUCAGCCCUGGAUAUGAGCUUGAUGGAAACUCCCCCUGGUAUUGAAAAUAUGGCAAACUUGGCAGAGAGCACUGAAUGUCUGGGAGCAAGUGAGAGGGAAAUAGCAGGAAGCAAAGAUAUGCAGCUGAUCCAGUACAGGGCCAACCCUCUGCUUUCCUUAUUUGAAGAGCUGCCUUCAGGUGAAGCUGCAGGGAAGGUGGACGAUCCAAAAGACUGUCUGCUGCCUCCCCUGGAGGAGAAACCUGCUCUCCAGCCUCCAUCAGCCAGUGGAACCGUUGUGCCACUUGCAGCUCCAGUAAGCCAGGCUGAGCCUCUGGACACUCUGGGAAUGGGUGAUCCGCCUCUCCUCCCAGAAGACGGGAAUGGAGAGUGUAAACUGUUUCCACUUCUGCUUCUCAGUCCUUUUGCUAACUUCAUAGAUGAGGCCUCUGAGAUAGAAAUUUCCUGAACUCAGAACAUCUGUAACCAGCUUAAUGCUAUGGAAUAACCACCAAAGGAGUGGAGCAGGAAAAAGUGUGAGCUUGGUCCUCUCCUGCUUCGUGGGGACCCUGCUCUGCACAGACUAAUGGAAGUUCUCUUGCUGCAAGCAUGGAGCACAUCUGGUGAAACUGAUCACAAGCUCAACAACAAGAGCUGGUGGAGUGAAGGCACCAGACAGAGGGGAAGAACAACCCUGUAAACAUACCACAGUGUAUUCCAUAACUUUUUAUCAAAUAUCCUUAUUGCAAAAGGAAAUAUGUUUUUAUCCUGUUUCUAAAGUUUGGCUGGGUUUUUUUUUGUUGGGGGGUGGUGUUUGUUUUUAUUAGCUGAAUAGUAAUGUGGUAUGUAAUGUUUUAAACCUUGGUUUUACUGUUUGGAGAGCCUGUUUCAAUAGGUGGCUUGCCUACUUGUCGUAGUUGCGGGGGGAGGUGAAUUUUUCCAGGGGGAUGUGGGCGGGCUAAUCAGUAAUCAGCUUUUCUGCUGGCACUUAGAUUAGUCACUCAGAGGUUUGGACACGCCUCUGAAGACACAAGGAGUUAAAAGCAGGACUCCAGGGGGGUUCGGCCUCUUUUUGGAUCUCGGCUUCAGCGGGGCAACACCUCCCCUGCCUGGCUUUCAAGGCUGGGUGGGGGAGGGGAACCACGUAGCUGAGCUAGAAGAGAACUAUGCAACUGAGCUGAGGUGAACUGGAGCUCCAAGGGGAAGAGAGUGAACAAGCUUUGAGCUGAGCUGGCCCCAUCCAGGAUGGAGGAGUAGAAAACUGUAGAAGUGCUUUCCAUGUGUGCUCACCCUUCCCCCCCCCCCCGGGAGAAAGUGCCCAGCCACGUGGGAGUUGCCCAGCCUGGGAGUGCCUGAGCCUGCAGCCCUGCCGAGAGCUAGAAACUCUUAACCUUUUUCUUGGCAGAAAGAAACUUUUCUUAGACAUUAAUUCUCAUGACUAGUAGUUUCAGAAGAGAGAGAGAGAGAAACAGCCUGGGACCGAGAUGAUAAAAGAAGAUGAAAAAACCCAGAUGGGCAGAGAUUGAAGAGGAGUAGCUUUUGAGCUGGACUUUUCUUGUAUAAUGUUAGCCAUGGACUGAACUUAAGUCUCUUUUAAACAUAAACUGCAUUUAGGUAGGUGCAGCUGCCUUUGCUUUUGCUACAGUGACUGGCACUUUAAGAGUAGAGCGAGCAGAGAAGAGAGGGGGAGGGUGUAGUGGCGCCCUCUGCCCUCAGGGGAGACCUGCUCUUGAAACCCUCGGCCCCAAGGGGAAAAAUGGGGAGAGCUUGGCAUGCAAGCAUCCUUAAAAGAGCCCUAUAUACAGCUUCAGCCUAUAGACAGCAGUGAGAGCGCUAGACAUAAGAGAGUGUCACCCUAGCAGACUUCUCCGGGCGGUGCCACGGGUGACAUAGAAACACAUAAGGGGUGGACCUGUGUUUUCUGAAGAACAGUCUGUGGUGCAGGAGAGACUCCUCUCUCCCUUGCUGAAUUGAAGAUUGGUUUUUUUUGAGUAGUGAUUGUUUAAUUUAAAACCCAAAGGUUUGGUCUGUGAAGAGUAAUGUGUGGAGAGUUGAAACUGAGAGAAGAAAUGUUCUGAGAAGUUUUUAUUUCUGUCUCUGUGUGUGUUUAAGAGUUUUCUGUCUCUUCUUAUGUAAUGUAAUAAAGUUUUGGGUGUUUUUGUUUCAA